GAAGCAGUGGUGGUGUUUGCCAAACAAAAUUUGACGUAAUUCAGGAAAAAUGACUAAUUAGAAACAUUUUUACCGUAGGUUAAAGUAGCCAACAGUAUCCAUGUCUGAUCAUCUGAAGUUGUCACUGGGAAGCAAUGCGGCAGAUAUUGGACAGGGAUCUGGGAACUUACCCAUAAAGAACAAUCUGACGACCACACCGGGGGUUAUUCCGUUUUCCGGAAAUGACACCCCCAUCCCCUCCUUCACCCUGUCAGAGCCUGUCUGUCAGGCCAUCCUGUACGAUGAUAUUGGAGAAUCAAGAGUGAGAGUAUGGGACCUGAUUAUUUUGAUUCCUAACAUUUUCUUUCUGGCUUUUCUGAUCUACAAAUCCAAAUCUGCCAUAAUCAAACUACGGAGCACCAGCAGUCCCAUAUUUACAGCUUUCUAUGUACUGGUGUGUUUGGUGGCGGUCAUCAGUGUCCUGAGAUGUAUUGUUUCUAUGACGGUCAAUGCCUCCGUUCUGGCUGGAGAUAUAACAGACAAGGUCCUAUGGCUUGUCCUCAGGUUCUUCCUUCUUGCCACAGAGAUGUCUAUCAUUGUCUUUGGACUGGCAUUUGGUCAUUUAGACAGUGGUAAAUCCAUACAGCGAGUAUUACUAGUGACUUCAUGUGUAGCCCUUAUAUACUCCUGCACACAGGGGACUUUAGAGUUUGAGUAUCCAGACCCCCAGUUCCACGUGGAGAAGGGCUCUAACGAGACGUAUCAGAACUUUGACAUCUUUGCCCAUGGAGGAAUGAUAUUCUGGAUCACCAGUUCUCUUGUUUUCUUUGUUGUAUACACUGUUAUAUUUAUUUUACCUUGGACUAGUCUUAAGGAAAGAUGGUCUCUACCACCCAAGAAAUCAUUUUACCGCUAUGCUGCGUUUCUUGCCGUCCUAAAUCUGAGUCAGGCAGUGGGUAGUGGACUGUUAUACGGGGAAAUCCAGGAAGGAAUGUGUGUUGUUGACUUGACAUCCUAUAUCUACUUCACCUGUUUUGUGCCUCUUGUUUACCUAGUGUUUCUGAGAAAAUUCUUUAUGCACACCCAGCCCCGCAUUCUGUUCUCCUAUAAAAAUCAAGUCGACGAAAUCCCAGAGGACGACACAGUGAGCAUGCCCUACCAGACAAAUGUUCAGAAGACCGAGGACAUGGAUAGCGUCAGUGCCAGCUUUGACAGUACACAUUUCGACCAUCGCUCGGGGUCGUACUACACUCGGCCGUCAGUGAAUCAACACAGCUCUAUUAACGUCUCGGAGCAGGACAUGGGGCACGCAGAUGAUUAUUAUCAGGCCUCGGCUUAGGGCCCGUUAUUAUGUUGUGUUUGGUUGCUUGCUACUGUGAUGUCUUAUAGGAGUUCGGAGGAUGGCUCUAGUCAGUUAACUGUGAAUUAUGGCUAAUACUUUUUUCAGGAAAAAGUUGCAGAUAAUGACUGUACUUAGAAUGGAAUUUAAAACUAAAGGUGCUUUAAAAUCCUUACAAAAGUUUAGUUAGUCAUUUUUUUUUAUUAUGGAUGCUGCAUAUACAUGUAUAGUAUUCAAUUGAAAGUUUUUUCUGUUUAUAAGAAAUGUUUUGGGGCAAAAGCAGUUUAAUUUCAUACUAUUCAAAACAUUUUGAGUGAGUUAAUUACUAGUAUUUGUGUAUGCAAUAACAUUCUGUAAAGUAUAUCUUAAUUUUUAAAAUUCACAGAGGAAAUUCAUGUCCAUGUACUGUCAAAAAAAAUUGUAUGAUCUAUUAUUCAAAACUUCUAUUCUACUUUAUUCUUGGAUGUUUCAUUUGUUGAUAUUUUUAUUGAAAGUGUAAUAUGAUAGUUCAAAUUUAAAGGAAACAUAAUUUUGUGGGCGUAAAUUAUAAAUCAAAUGUUGGAUAAACAAAUUUCUGAAUCUCAAACUAGCUUUUUAAAACUUCCACUCUCUGUAAUGUUUUUGUAUUCUUACAUUUGAACAACCUAGCUGUUAGAAUAUGCAUCUGAAGUGUCAAUCUGAUUAAAAUCAGCUGUUCUGAUAUGCUACCCCUUACUAAGCAGAUUUUAAUCAGAUUGCUGAAGUGUUAAAAAAAAUGGAAUAUAAAAAAAAAAAACAAAAAUAAUUUUAGAGAAUGAUUGAAAAAAAAACUGUUAAAUUGAAGUCAGUCAGUCUGAAUAUUUGAAAGUAGGGUAAUAAAUAAUGAAAUACUCAUUUUAAAUGUCAGAUAAUUAGUCAGUGAUAUGAUGUCCUUCACAAAGAUCUCAGUUUGAAAUGUCAUUUGAGUCAAUAGUAUUAGAGUCAGUCCUUUCCAGAUAUCUUGGUUUGAAAUAACAUCAUCAGAUGAUGAUGACAUUAAAUCCCUUCAGUCACCUAUGAAGGGAUAUGUUAGUGACUUUGAUGUUUUACUUUCAAUAUGUUUAGUACUAUGAUUUUUUCAUCAUGUUUGUAUGAAUUUUGAAUUCCAAGGACAAGUAACUCUCGUUGACGCUUUGAUCAGUGUUACCUUUGAUUGUUGUUUCUAGUUAAUAUCAAAUCUUCGGCAGUGGCAAUUAUCGGUUUUGCUCAGAUUUUAUCAAAAGAGACAUUCAUUUGGGCAAUAUUUGGAUCUGCGUUAUGAAUUACAUGAAGAUUUCAAUUUUCAUAUCUACACAAAGAAGAAAAACUUUAAUAGCACUUAAUUUAUAAAGAGGAGAAAACACAUUAUAUUCCUUGUAAUACAUGUACAUUAUAUUUGCUUUUCUUUUUUUUUUUGUAUCUUCCUGUUGUUUGCUAUUACAUCACAGUGUUAUUUAUUUUUGUGAACCAUUUCUGCAUUUUCUGAGAAACAUUUCUGCAUUUUUUGCGAAACAUUGCAGCAUUUUUGUUUUGUGAAACAUCUGUGCAAUUGCAUUAAUUAUCUAGACACAAAUUGAAUUCAAUGUCAUGUAAUUUUCUGGACAUUUGCUCACUAUCAUGUAUUUUGACAGUUUGACAGAAUAAAGGUUGUCUUAUAUCCAACGCGCUUUAAGAGUACAAAUAUUACUGAAUAUAUUUAGAACAACAGUAUGAUAGAAAAGACAAAAUUUGACUGAUAGUUGAUAUUAUAUAUAUUGGACAGUAAUGAUUUGGAAAAUACAGUAUUACUAAGAUCCUUAUGCUAUUUGUUCAUAUUUUGGAAAAUACAUAAUUAUGAUAUUUUACUAGAAAUAUGACAAUCCUAACCAAAUAAAUGUUUUAAUUUUCA